GACUCACUGAAUGGGAUAUUCUCCACUGGGAAAGUACUCUCUGAAGGACCAUCUCUGACAGACUGGUACAUGUCAGCUACCGCCACAGCUCCUCUGGAGAGACGUGAAAAACCAGAUCCUCACGUCACUCUCCAUUUGACUCCAGCCAUCACAGCUACGUCUACCACAGCACCUCCACCUGCCUCUGUCCACCAUGAGUGACGACAGGGAAAGACAGGGUGCCGAUGGAGGCUACGGGGCUGAACAGCUGCCCAACGUCAAACCCAAACCUGACGGCAUCAAGAAGGAGAAAAAGGAGAAAUCCACCAAGGUGCGUAGGUCCAUGAGCACUGACUCCGAGAGAGGAGGGGGAUCUGGGAGAAGGAGGGAGAGAAAGAGAGACAAAGGGUUUAGAAGGGAGCGUGGUAGAAGUGAGGAGAACAGGAGGCAAGACAGGGCUGGAGAUGACAGCAACCGGAAGGAGUCAGACCCCCAGGAAAACGACAUGGAGGACACUGAGUGCGUGGUUUGCUUCUGCGAAUACGACAACGUCUUUAAAACCCCCAAGCUGCUCUCCUGCGGGCACACCUUCUGUCUGGAGUGCCUGGCCCGGAUCAACGUCACCUCCUUAGAGCUCAAGUCUCUUUCCUGCCCUGUGUGUCGAGAGCUCACCAACCUACCCCAUGGCCGCAACCUGCCCCAGCUGGGCAACAACAAGGACAUCUUCCGCAAACUCCCUCCAGAGAUGCAGAGGGCACUGUCCGUGCGCUUCAAGCGCAGCAAGGGCAAGCUGGUCCUCAAGAAGCCCCCUCCUGGUACUAGCAGCCUGGCCAAGUCCAGCCUCACCCUGCCCAUUCCCAAGAAGCAGGACCGGCAGGCCUCCAGCAACCUCCAGCUGGGCACCAUGGAUCAGGGCCUCGCCACUGUCGUGGACGUGGGUCGCCCCCCUAGCAGGGUCAGAGGUCGCCUGCGCAGGAUGUUCCGCACGGACCAGUGCUACUACACCGUGAUGGCAUCCAUCAUCACCAUCAUUGUGGUGCUGAUGCUGAUGGGCAUCCUGGCCUUCAUGGUCUUGCCCAAUGUGGUCCUCCCCAACGGCAGCAAACCCAUCCAGGGGAAUUCCAGCCAACCAUAACCAGGGGGUCAAUUACCCUGAGGAAAAGAGGGGAUGGUGGUGGGAUGAAGGGAAGUAAGACCAGAGGAGAGAAUCACUCAGAUAUUUUGAGAGGACAAAUAUUGUCAGUGAUCCUAAUAUCUGCCAUUUCAUUUUCUUUACUAAUACUCAGUUAUGAAGAAAAUGUGAAUGAACUGAAAAGAAAGGUGGCCCUGAAAGCACUAGUGCACACUCAACUGGGGUCAAUACAUAACAAGGGCCAUGUUGUUUAUGAAGGACUGAUGCACAAGAAGUACUAAUGGGAAAAGUGUCACAAGAGUUAUUUUUUAUCCACCAUUUUGUCUUCCUUCCUGCAGUAUAUAGAUCAUGAACAUGGAACAUUUACCCAAAUGUGAACGGGACAGCUAUUGCGGUGAAGUCAGAGAGGACAAUUAAUGUUGUCUGGGGAAAUGUAAUUCAUUAUAAAGUUGUGUACUAUGUAAUUGCACUGAUGUCUGCCAUGGAGAAUUAUUACAAAUUAGAGAUUAUUUGAUUACA